AAUCAGAACACUCUAUGAGUCCUCCUGAGAGAAGCAACAGUCACUCAACCUAAACUCUUUACCGAAGCUAAACUCUAGCUUUCCUUCAACGCUUUUAGGAGGAACUGGAUUCACAGGUCAACGAGAUCAGCUCGAUCAUAUUUGAAGAGAAAACUGCACUUCUGCAUAAACCAAGCAAGACGUUGGAGAUUCCCAAAACCAGCCAUUUCUUUUUUGAUAUUGUAAGAAGAACACAGACGAAGAAGUCACAAUGUUUUCUGGAAUGAACCUGAUUUAUCUGAUGUGCCUAUCUUUACUAAGCUGGGCUGUUGCUCAGGAGUGCAGUGGACAGUGCCAGUGCCCUGAUGUGUCUCCUCAGUGCCCACCUGGUGUGAGCCUGGUGCCAGAUUCCUGUGGAUGCUGCAGGGUGUGUGCCAAGCAGCUGGGUGAGCUCUGCACUGAGCGGGAUGUUUGUGACCCUCACAAAGGCCUUUACUGUGAUUAUGGCUCCCCAAGCAACCAUCGUAUAGGAGUCUGCACAGCCAGAGAAGGUGCCACUUGUGUGUUUGGUGGGAAGGUGUAUCGCAGUGGAGAGUCCUUUCAGAGCAGCUGUAAAUACCAGUGCACAUGUCUGGAUGGUGCCAUGGGUUGUGUGCCCUUCUGUGGAAUGGACAUCAGGUUGCCCAGCCCUGAAUGCCCAAUGCCCCGCCGGGUGAAGUUGCCAGGAAAGUGCUGCGAGGAGUGGGUGUGUGACCCCCCUCACCAGAACACCUUUCUUCCGGCUUACAGAGAGGAGGAGACAUACGGGCCUGAUCUCUCCAUGAUGAGAGAGAACUGCCUGGUUCAGACCACUGAAUGGAGCGCAUGCUCAAAAACAUGUGGCUUGGGAAUCUCCACCCGUGUCACUAAUGACAACCGCGACUGCCGUCUGGAGAAGCAGUCCCGCCUCUGCAUGGUCCGCCCCUGUGAAUCGCACUUGGAGGAGAGAAUCAGGAAAGGGAAAAAGUGUAUCCGCACACCCCGUGUCUCCAAGCCAAUGAAGUUUGAGAUUUCUGGCUGCACCACUACCAAGUCUUACAGUCCUAAGUUUUGUGGUGUGUGCACAGAUGGACGCUGCUGCACACCCCACAGAACCACCACCUUGCCCAUGGAGUUCAAGUGUCCCAAUGGCCAAGUCAUGAAGAAGCAGAUGAUGUUCAUCAAGACCUGCUCAUGCCACUACAACUGCCCGGGGGAAAAUGAUAUCUUUGAGUCCAUGUACUACAAGAAGAUGGUUGGUGACAUGGCAUAAGAGUAGAGAGACUGAUAAUGUGGAGCUGAAAAAUAUCCAUCCAGUGACUGUCCACUUGAAUCGAACAGAUAUCCAUCUCAUAUCUCAGCACAAAGUAUUUUUGUUUGUCUUUCUAUAGUUAUCUAUUUUGUCUUUUGUUUGUUUGUUUGUUUGUUUGUUUGUUUGUAUCUUGUACAUGGACAUGGACAUGGAUUUACAGUACAUGUGUAUAUUAAUUUUGUCAUGUGGAUGUCUUAGGCUACCUUGCCUUAAAGUGCAUAGAGGUUAAGGCUAGGGGGUGGGGACUGUAAAAUAACCGGGCUCUGUUCGGACGCCCCCAAAAAGCAAUAAUGCACUAUAGUCCGACUCUGUGAUGCCCAAUUUUGCUGAUUUGCAGAUGACAGCAAGCCUCACCCCUAAACUGUGGUGGGCAGAUUCAGACUCUGAGAGCAUAAAUGGAAAGAAGUUUGACAGACGGCAGCUUUGAGAGAAGGAGAAAGACACAGAUAGUAACAUGUGUUUAGUUCAUUUUUGUCAGUGUUCCUAUGAACUCAGAGUUUGAGCUGAACUAAUGACAUGAAGUUUGGCUAAGAACUAUGAAGGUUAAAAUAGCACUGAGUGUUUGACUUUGACUAUCUGGCUCCUCCUGUUAGGAGAGUGUCAGUACCCCUGUCAAAAAGACUGGAUGAAAUGUAGCUUCAUUCUUUUUAAUUACAGUAACUAUUUUUUUGAAAGCUGUAAAUAUUGUACAUAUUUUGUACAGCUUAAGUUAAUUUAAAUUCAAAGCAAUUGUCUUCUUUUCUUGCUUCACUAUGUUUAAUGAUAGCUUAAUGUGCUGACUUGACUGUUCUUGUUACGGUUUGUCCAUUUAUUUUAUUGAGAAAUGUGACCAAAACGUUAC